CGAUUGCAACAGCAACAGCAGCAAAACAACAAUACCAACAAUACCCCCCAUCCAGAGCUUCUCCUACCGAGCCCACACAGGGACGAUCGAUUCCAAGGUCCGCCUCCUCAUGCCACGAACAGAUCCCCCGCAUGGCAACGCUACGAUCGCUCGGGCUCCACAGGCCCGCCGCGUUGCAAUAUCUCAUUCGGGAGGGCAUUCUGGAUGAAGAUUGCAAAGAGACAGAGUACAAGUGGGAUACAUACCAUGAUGGAAUGUCAACAGAUGUCAUAGACGAAAUCAUAACCACUCAGUAUCACGUUGCAUGGUCGCGGGGGGGAGUGGUGCGCAAAGUCUUCAGUUUCGAGGUUGAGCAAGAGAAGGUCCUACAAGCGCUGCUCACUUGGUUUCCUACUGAAGACAACACUGUUGCUGCAUCGAGUUCUCAAGAGAGCUCAGAAGAGAGUGAGGAUGGUGUUCUCAGAACAUCCCUCUCAGGGAGGCUUCAGGAAUCCAAUUGUCAAGAUAACUCCGACCGCAGAUUGCAUUUUUCAGAAAGCAAAUCCCGAGCACUCGUCGUGUUCUUAAAAUCACAAGCACACGUUUUCUUCCUCGACGGUUCCAACCAUGUUGUUAACCUGCCAUUUGAGGUGGAAAGAGCAUUUCCUGCAACAAAGGGUGUCCUCGUUCAACGACGAAUACCUAGAUUCGACGCGAAACCCUCAACACCGACCAUGCCGUCCGCACCUCCAAAUUCUUUCCUUACCAACACUCACAUGUCACAGAGUUUCUCACAAAGUCAUUUGAAAACUCCACGCCGCCAUAGGCAUGGAUCUUCUUUGGGCUUAAAACAGGGGACAUCCAUGAAAUCCACUCCUAUGGGGUCUUUCUUUCUAGAGGACUUGGUCAUGAGGCCUGCUAUCCCAAUGAAUGAUGGCUUACCUCGAAUAUUCUCCUUUACAGACCCAUUGUCAGAGUUUGGUCUAGUAGUCAACGUUACCACAGCCAGCGAGCAUAGGGGAUUUCUCUCUGUCAGUGCUACUGGCCAUCGAAGACUUGAACCGAUUGACAAGUCUGAGGAAAUGAUCUACAUAUCUGCUCAGAAUGAGUUGAAAUUUGAUGAAUCUGGAAACGAUUCACCACUUCUCCUGGCAGUCACCAUGAACCAUGACACGAACACUUUUACCAUUUGGUCAGCCGCGUAUCUUGAGCCCAAAUCUAUCUCAACUUCAAGGAAAAACCAUGUACUUCCUUCAGCCAAAAAGGCGCGAAGAAGAAGCUCUUACGGCCCUACUGCACCUGGAACUGGAGCGACGACACCAGCUGUCCGGGGUGCCGAUCGGAUGCGUGAAAGUUUUGGUGGUGCAGGCCGUUCCAAACCCCAGCCGCCGCCAUCAUUCAAUGUCUCUUCGCGAAUAAAAGAACGACUGUCCGACCAGGCAGUAGAGGAUGCACUGACAUCACAGCUGAAUCCUGAUUUCGAUAUGUCGCGACAACCGAAGGAGUCACGACGUGUCUCCUCGUUGUUGUCGAGAGCAGAGCUCUCCAACAGUUUCGACAAGUCCGCCUUCCAAGAUUUGGCAACUCAAAGAUCUAGUCUUGGUGGAAGCUUCGGUGCCAGUCAACGGAGCAGACACUCUAUUGGCCACGAAAGAACGAGUUUUGGUGGCUUCUCCCAUUCGCGAAAUCGAGCAUCUACGCCAGGAAGUGUCACCUCACGUUUGAGCUUUGGGCAAGCAUCUAUCGAUGACACAUUUGAAGACAUGGAUGAGGAUACAUUAGACACCCUUGAGGAUUAUGACGAGCUCGACGAUCUGUUCUCGCCGCCCGAAGCUGGCUCGGAGCGUGACCCAAUUGAUGGGCUUCGCAAAGAAUUGGUCAUGACUGUUAUUGCCGAAAUUCCUGCUCAGAAGCACUUGAAGCCACAUCUUCUCACUCUGAAAGAGGUUUUUUCUACCAGUCAGGCCCCCCCGAAAGUUUUCACAGCUGCGGCGCCCUUUAAUUCUGCAGCACUUCAUGAAAGAAAGAUAUGUCUGUAUAUAGUGCACGCUUCUCUACUGGGCCCCAUAGAGUGUGAACUUUCUGUCACUCGUAAGCGCCCGUCAACGACAAUGCCUCAGAUAAAGUCGACUACUGCGCCGCCGCGAUAUGCCUGCGUGCCGAAAUUCGUCAAAGUGCAGACCUUAAGCGGUGUUAUCGAUGUUACCAAGCUUGUGGAUGGCCACACUGAACGAAUUCUAUGCUUGCGUUCAGCCAACCCCCCUGAUCCUGAUCUGAUUGUAACGGCAGGCUGGGGCACCCAUUUGCCGAUUAAAUUUGCAGUCGGCUCUCUCAAACUCUUCAAUCCAUAUGCCUUCAUGCGAGACGGAAAAUCGAGAGCUACCGCUGGGCUCAGACGGACGAUUACGGCCCCCCAUCCAUUACAAUAUCUUCCUUCAGCACUUCCAGGCGGCACUUUUGAUGUGGUCGAUGGAGAGUCACGGAGGCAUAGGCUGCAAAUGCAUCUCAAGCCACGGAACCCUUGGGUGGCGCAUUUGUUUAAAGUUUUAUCCAAAGUUUUGUCUAAUCAUAUUGGUGAUUUCCUCCUCGAGAUUUGGUGGAAUAUUCGUAGAACCAUGGUCGACAAUUUUGAAUCGAGUUUCGAGCUAGACUGGGCCGCAUUUGCCACAACACUGUUCUGUCUCGUUGUGCCAUUUGUGGAUGAACGGUCGAUGAAGGCGAAAAAGAAUUCGAAACAGCCUCGUCAGAGACGAAGCACUGGCACUCCUGCGAGUUUGACAAGACCAGACGAGAUAGUUGCAGAGUCUUCGGCAUGGGAUCUCAUGAAUCGACGUCAAAAUGCCCGCUCUGCAGCAAAGCCGUUAAGUUCAACGCCAUGGUGCUGGACUCAAUCUGGACUUUCACCAAGUGUAUCUUCAUCGAGAACAUCUAGGCGCUCUCUAACAGUUAAUCCAAGCCCAAGCAAUGGGAACGUACUUUCAUACUAUAUCGCCGAAGCUCGUCGCUUUCUUCAAACACCAGUAGGAAAGGCGUCAAACGAUCAGUGGCGACAUCUUUCUCCUUCUGAAAGACAAGAUCUUCGCAUUUCAUGUGCGUCAGAAGUAGUGGUCACUUUACAUCUUCUCCGUGAAGAAGUAAAGUUGAACAUUCUCUCCUCGGACGAGUCAAGCUCUCAUACAGCGGACCUAGCGCCCAUACUCGCUCAAUUAGGCCAUUGGCUUCGCUGGGAGUCCUGGGGUUACAAACAAGGAGCGUUCUACGAUCUCGAUGGCGGGUCUUCUGAGCUUUGGGCUUACGAGGAAUCCAGUCUUGUGAACGUAGUCAAGCUACAUUCACAACCUUGGAAAGCACCUCCAUCAAUCCUGGAGUGGAUUAGUUCAGUUCUUCGAUCGCAGACGUACACUCCAUUUCCCACUGUCGCAAUACUGAUUCGCAAGUCGAAGGCGUCUCCGCAUUCAUCGGUCAAUAUAGACGAGAUCAUUUCAAGUGUGACGCCUCGCACGGUCGCUCUUGACAAGUUCUUCCAGCACGUCGAUAAGCUCUCUAAUCCACGCAGAGCUGUGGAAUUGAUUGAACAUUGUGGAAUUACCCCCCAGGUGUUGGCCACCUUGCCCGAGGCUGUACGCGCACCCCUUAUGGAAGCGAUCAUGAACUGCCAAGCUAACCCGCCCACAACAUGGCCACGCUCCCUCCUUAAAUUGGUACAACGAGAAGACCUGGAUUUAACUCUAAAACCAAACGAAGACUCCAUACAGGAUAGCCAUCAAGGCCAGUCGAAUUCAGCGAUUGGCAGUCAUGCCAAUCCAUAUUCAUCAAGCGGAAUUCGAGACGUACACACUAUCUGCCAAAGCAUUGACCGUGCUGACUCUGUACAAUCCGCAGCUGAGGUAGAACGACACCAUGUCACACGGCUGAUAUUCAGCGAGGACCGCCGUUUUAUGGAAGCACAUGCCUUGUUAGAGCCUUUGCGACCUGCCGUGGCGGAGUAUCGACCUGAUCCGAGGGCAGAGGAAGCAGCGAUCUUGGAAGGCCAGAAGGUUCUGAUGCAACAUGUUAUGACACGAACGUUUUCAUUGCCGGUUGGCAAUUCAAUGAUCAAAUACAGUAGCAAGAGGCCGCUUUUAACCGAAAAGUACCUGCUUUUUGGCUUCUCGACAUCAUGUCUCAUGAAACCAAUGGGCAACGUAGUCACGGCUGAAAGACAGAACUACUCUGAAGAAAAAUUCUUUUGGGCGUUUUUCAAUGCCGGAGUCGCAGCUGGUUUGAGUAUCGCGAAAGACGCUCGUGGAAUUGACACCUCGUGGAUAAUGUACAACAAGCCUUCACAGCUAACGAACAAGCAUGCAGGCCUGCUUUUAGGCCUAGGUCUAAAUGGUCACCUUAAAACCAUUGCCAAAUGGCUGUCUUUCAAGUACCUCACGCCCAAACAUACCAUGACAUCUGUUGGCUUGCUACUUGGUCUUUCUGCAUCGUUUAUGGGUACCAUGGAUACCCUAGUAACCCGUCUUCUGUCCGUACAUGUUACAAGAAUGUUGCCAGCAGGUGCCGCAGAGCUGAACUUAUCACCAUACACUCAAACAACAGGCCUUAUGGGCAUAGGAUUAUUAUAUUACAACACCCAACAUCGCCGGAUGAGUGAAGUCAUGCUCUCCGAAAUCGAAUACGUGGACGAACCAGACCCGUCUGAGCCCCCGGACACUUUGCGAGAUGAAGCUUACAGACUCGCUGCCGGUUUCGCAUUGGGCUUCAUCAACUUAGGCAAAGGGAAAGAUCUCCGAGGUUUGCAUGAUAUGUUCAUUGUCGAGCGGCUUAUGGCUGUAGCUGUGGCACCCAAAGCGACCCAGGACGAUGCAGUUGCUCGAAAGAUAGAUGUGCCUGAUACUGUACCUCAGUUCGAUUAUGUGCGUCCCGACAUCUUUCUACUACGCACCCUUGCAAAGCAUCUCAUCAUGUGGGACAACAUCGAAGCCAGUCAUGCUUGGAUACUCAAAAACCUGCCUAUGGAAUAUCGACCAGACCAUAACUUGGCAGCCAUAUCCAAACUCCGGAGCAGCCAAAUGCCGUUUUUCAAUAUCUUAGCUGGACUCCUCUGGAGCAUAUCUCUCAAGUUCGCUGGGACGGGUGACUUGGAAGUCCGAAAUUUCCUAGUGGCGUAUUUGGACCAGUUCAUUCGGAUCAAUAGACUCCCAGCACUUCGAUACGACUCAAAACUCGCGAAAAACACAGUCCGCAACUGUCAAGACCUGCUCGCGCUCUCUGCUGCUACCGUGAUGGCAGGUACCGGUGAUCUCGUUGUCUUUCGACGGUUACGCUCUCUCCAUGGUCGCGUUUCUCCAGAUACUCCUUAUGGCUCACAUCUUGCGGCUCACAUGGCAUUCGGUGCGCUCUUUAUUGCUGGUGGUACCCACACAUUCAGCACCUCCAACAAGGCUAUUGCAUCUCUAAUAUGCGCGUUCUACCCUCUAUAUCCUACAGAUGUGCAAGACUCGAAGGCACAUCUGCAAGCCUUCCGUCAUUUUUGGGUUUUGGCUGCAGAACCACGCUGCCUUAUUGUCCGCGAUGUUGAUACGGGCCGUGCAACGUCGAUGCCCAUCACUGUUCACAUGCGCAGUGGCGAGAAGAUCAAGCAUAUGGCCCCUAUUCUCCUCCCAGAGACCCACUUGAUCGAAAGAAUCGAAACGAACGAUGUCGCGUUCUGGCCUACUACAUUGGAUUUCGUAAACAAUCCCAGCCACUUGCAGAGCUUCCGACAACAUCAGACAUUGCAUGUGAGAAGGAGAGGCGCAAAAGAUAUGUACGCGUCCACAUUCUCGUCAACACUCGUUGCGCUCAACGACACGCAAUCUUCGCGCGUGUCCAGAUUGAUGUGGAAUUGGAUCUUCAGCCUACAGAGUCUACAGAAAUUCGAAAGUGCCGACAUCACCUUGAUCUUGCCAGCAGAUCCCUACUCAAGCACAUUUUUGGACUCGUCCCUCACCGUAGUAGAUGCACGACUGGUGCUAGAGGAGAUGGGGAAAACCUGGAAGUUGAAGGAGCUCUGGGAGCUAAGACUCCUGUUCGAGUGGGCGGAGGGAUGUGCACAAACAGGAACAGGGAGGCUGAACUGGCUUGGUAGGAACGUGGUGGAGAGGCUAAAAGCCGAUGUAUUAGAUCGAGGUCGCAGAAUAGGUACCGCGUCCAAAUCGUAA